AAAUUUCAUAACAUUCUUGACUAGCGGAUUGAAAUCUUCCGAGGUGGCUUCGGGUUAACGGCAUAGCUAACCCCGACUUUGGAGUAGCAGGUCGGCUUAUAAAGGUUCCGCAGAGGAUUGAAUUCAGUUGGCCUAACACAGACCCUCCAUACCCCUCGCGCCAACUCAUCCCAGUCCCGGUAGAGCAGUAAAUCUGUUGGAAUUGCAGUUAGCCAUCGGGAGGUUGCGACCGUGAAUUUGAUCCUUCGUACAUCACCGCGUCAUACUCGUCAGGCAGGUUGACGGGUGCACAGAGCGUAUUUUUACGUUACGAUCAGGAGAAACUUCUCCCGCUUUUGUUGUUCAGCGUGUACUAAGUGUUCAACAGCUGGCACAAACAACGAGAUUUAACUUCGAAAAAGUUAAAGGACUGAUUUGCUAAGGGACAACUAAACACGAACAACUUCUCUGGAGACAAGCGUAUAGAUUGAGCAACGGACCUUGCGAGUCAUCAAGAAAAUGCCUCGUGACACACACUUCACCUGGUGGCUUGUACGUCUGGUGGUAUACCUGUCUGCGAUAGCGUUGAUCUCUGGCGGGGUCAAGGGUGAUGCGCCCAAGCCAGCGGCCGCUAGGCUGGUCGGCGGGCACAACCCAUGGUCCGGCCGGCUAGAGGUCUACUUCAAGAGGCAACGCGCCUACGGGACCGUCUGUGACGAUGGCUGGCACAUGAACGCCUCACACGUGGCCUGCCGGAUGAUGGGGUAUGCCGAGGCGAUGGACUUUCACUUCGGCAAUGUGUUUGGGGCUGGGAAAGGUACAAUCGUAUUGGAUGACGUCAGGUGCACAGGCAACGAGACUCACCUCUUCAAAUGUCAGCACGCCAAGCUAGGCGUCAGCAACUGUCGCCAUAGCGAGGAUAUCGGCCUGACCUGCAGCCAAGACACCAUCCAGGAGCGGAUGGAGGCACAAAGGGCAGCUGUAAGUAUCCGUAGGAGCAAGAUCAGGAAAGAGAGGCGGCAGAUGAAGGUUCGCCUGGUAGGCGGGUCUAAGCUUCAGCCCAUCUCAGAGGGCGUGGUGGAGUUGCUCUACAAGGGCAAGUGGCGUACCGUGUGUGGCGAGGACUGGGACACCCUAGACUCGCGGGUUGUUUGUGGCAUGGUGGGCUUCAAGGACUCCAUGCCGCUGAGAGAAGGUUAUCAAGAGGCGGGUAACUUCCAGCGACGUAAGAGCAUGCGGAUUACAAACGUCCAAUGCACGGGAUCCGAGGUCCACAUAGGUACCUGCCCCUUCGACGACCUGGCGAAUGAAGAGGACUGCCCGUCUGACAUAGUGGCGCAUGCCCGCUGUCAUCGCGGAGACUUCGUUCUCGACACCCCGUACGACGAGAACGGAAUGCCUGUUGAAGGCACGGCAGCGGAGGACAACGAGGAGAUAGUUCAAAACGAAGAGAUCACAUCAGCAGGUGCUGAAGGAAACACCAGCGCGGACGCGGAAGUCAAUGAUGCGGGGAUGAACAACAACACCUCAUCCACUACAAUGCCAGAAACAACGACCGACAUAGAUGCACAGGAAAUACUAAACGAUGAUGCCGGUCAGGCAAAGAGAAGAAAGGGAAAGAGUAAGGCAGCGCGAAAACAGGCGACGCCAGAAGUACUGGUCAUCAAGAAACCGAAGCCUACUAUCCGGCUGAAGUCCGGGGCUUACUACGGAGAAGGCCGUGUGGAGGUCUACGUGAACGGCCUCUGGGGCACGAUAUGCAGUGAGGGAUGGGACGAGGUCAGCGCAAGCGUAGCCUGCCGACAACUCGGUUUCGGGGUAGCAGAGAAAGCCGUAAGAAACUCCGAGUUUGGACAAGGCGUUGGCCCUAUCUGGCUUUGGCGUAUGCGAUGCGAGGGACACGAAAAAACAUUACUAGACUGCGAUCAUGGCUACCUGAACGGCAGUCGGUGCACCCACGCCCAAGACGCUAGCGUACAGUGCGUGGUGCCUGAUAUCGAUGCUGCUAGCAAGGUGAGAAUUGAAGGCGGCACGUACGAGAGAGAGGGGCGGGUGGCGGUCUACAUCAAUGGGGAAUGGGGCAACAUCUGCGGAUGGAACUGGGGACUCCUGGCUGGUAAGGUAGUGUGCCGUCAGCUUGGACUGGGACACGCUCGCUAUGCACCAGAGAGCACAUUGAGCUACGGCAGCGCUCCGAAGAGGACGUUUCUCAUGAUGGAGGUAAAAUGCACAGGCCACGAGAGAACGAUCAAGGAGUGCAAAUACACGCGACCUUCCAAUGCCAACACUUGCAUCAGAGCAUUCCGAGCCGGGGUUGUCUGUGUUGACACGCUGCCAGACGUCUUGAUGGACCUCCAUGUUCUCCAGUCAUCUGUUCGUGUCCAGGACUGGCCUGAUACCCUCUUGACCUGUGCACGCGAGGAAGGUUGCCUGUCCGAUGUCCCCAAUAACUGGGGCCUUCGUCGUCUGCUACGCUUCACUAGCGCCAUCAUGAACCGAGGCAUGGAGCAGUUUAGACCGUUGCUGUCUCGAUACAGUUGGAAAUGGCACCUUUGUCAUAGGCAUUUCCACAGCAUGGAGGUCUUUAGCCAUUACGACCUGAUCAACCAGAAAGGAGAGAGGGUAGCCCAAGGCCAUAAGGCUAGCUUUUGUCUGGAGGACGGCCACUGUGAUGAAGGGAUAACCCCACAGUUCUCCUGUAUCACAGACCAAGGCAUCUCUGUCAACUGCAUCGACAUCUACGCCAGUAACAUUGAUUGCCAGUGGGUGGAUGUGACGGGAGUCAAGACAGACCUGUACACCCUGAGGAUACAUAUCAAUCCAGACAAUCUGGUGGCGGAGUCGGAUUAUGACAACAACUUGAUUGAAUGUGACUUGUAUUAUGGCAGGCGCAUCACAAUUGGCCACUGCGAAUAUGUAACGGACAGGAUGAAUGGCUAGCUGUGGUCAGUGACUUCGCUUCCUCAGAAUAACAGACUCAGUGCAGAUUCAGUACCAUACACUGGACUGUGGACAUCAAGGGGUUUUACUUUUGAUGUUAAUAAUAGUAUUACAGUUUGGGUCACAGUUCGAGUUCAUGGUCUGCAAGCUUGAUUCGUUCAUCAGGGCAGACUUUGAUUGGCUACUUUGUAGUAUUUACUUAGUGAAACACUCCCGAAGACAGAAGAUGCAGAAACAGACUCAGUGUCACAUUGAGCAUGAAUCUCAGGAUGUAAAAAGCUUUAUCACAAGGUCAAAUUCAGUUUCUUUUCUUUUUGGAAAUGAAACACUGCAUAUAUCCAUAAAACCACACCUAAUUUUCUUGAUAAUUUUUAAUCUUUUUUUAAACAUGUUAAAAAAUUUGUGUGUAAACACGGUUUAAUUUACUUUAUCGCAUUAGUUAUUUCAUCCAAACAUGUUGCAUGGUUAUCCUUAUAUAUUGGGCACCUACCCAUUUUAGAUCUCACCCACAAGAAAGCUCUUAAACACACUAAUUGUCUAUUUUGUAUCACUGCCAUUUUUUUUGGAGGGGGGGGGGAGGCAAACCUGUAAAUAGCUGAAGCGUAGUGGGGAAGCGAGUCCUAGUCUGUUAUGUUUUAUUGUAGCAACAUAACUAUGUUAAUUUCCAUAUUAUACUGAUAGGUUACAUUGACAUUUUGUGAUUUUUACUUAUUUUCGAUUGUACGUAACGUUGCUCUUUUCCAGUGUUCAGGCAUGUUUACAGAAAUUUUGUAAAAAGAUUUAAGACGAAUUACUAGUAAUAAAACGACAGCACACCAAGCUUUGUCUCUUCAACAAUUAUUAUUCUUUAUAAAAAAAUGUAUUAAUUAUUCAAUACAAUCAGUCAGUACAUCAUAUCAAUGCAUAUUAUGAGUUAUUCAUAAUAAAACUGUUUUAACUUCACUUGAAACACAUAUUUUGUUUUGCAAUGAAAGGCUGCAUACAAAAAUGGAAGUACAUGUAACCUUGAAAUGUGCAAUGUAGCCCCCAUUUCGCACCGAUUUUAGGGUCUGCAUUCAAGCACCUUGACAACAAGAAUCGUCAUUGCAAUUUUUUUUAUGGCCGUAUUUUUUAAAUUAAUGUUCAUUGUAUAAAAAAAAAAACACAUUCAAAGGUUUUUAUUCUUGGCAAAAGCUACAAAGGGGAAGAGAACAUAAUCCUUCAAAACAGGAUAACAAUUUGAAAUAUACAAAAUGUACACUGCAUAGUUGAAAGGUAAUGUGGGGAAAAACAAGCACCUGGUAUUUUAUCAUUUAUCAUUUAGUGAUGGAUAAGAGUUAAUGAUGGAUGAGUGUACGAGAAAAUAUGGAUGAUAGCACCGGAUUUUAAUUUCCAAUUUCCACUUAAAUUACAUGUAUUUGAGAAAACAAAUUUCAUUUUGACCUUUAAAGCAGUGCACUGGAUAAAAUAUAAAAGCACCACAUUUCUAAAUAGGCGCAUUGCUUAUAGACCAUUAUCAUGUUUGGGCCAUCUUGAUUUUUUUCCAAUUCAAAUUAACGCAACCAAAGCUAGGCUGAAAGGAAAAAUAGUCUGGUUCCUUUUUGCACAAAAACAUUAUCAUUCAGUGCUGUUAUUAGAUACAGGGAACAUGACUAAAAUGGUGGCAGCAUGUAACGAUCUAUUGCUGGCUUUAGCCGAGUGAUCCAGACACAGUCUAGCAGUGUGGAGAGUGACCCUUUAUUCUUGCCUGUUGUCCAGUGUAAACUGGUGCUGGGCCACAGUUCCCCUCCCAAAGUAAAAUAUAACAUUGUACUUUGGAUAUUUCAUAAUACCACAGUUAAGGCAUAAACAAUAAUUGUAUACAGUAAAUCAUACAUCAAACUUUUAUUAUGAAACCAUGACGUCAUGCCUUUGAUGUUGUGGUGUCACAAACCAACCAACAGGGAGUGGAUGGAUGGCGGUCCCAGUAUCGUAUCUCCUCCUCGCCCACCCCUUAAUACGUGUCUGUGCCCUUUGGAAGUCACAGAAUUGUUUCAAACUCAGUUGUGACCGACCAAAACCGACCACAACAAAAUGACUCAGAAGACACCACAGCUAUUGUGAGUAAUAGGUCUAUUGUACAUACCUUGCAAACAGUAAGUCAGCAUUUUCACCCAUAUGAUAUCUUCAUAUAUAUGUUUGUCUUUUUGUGAGCAAAAAAUAAAAUGCGAGGUUUACGUAUGCAAAUAUAAUUCAUAUGACCAAAAUGAGAAGGAAAAUUACUUCAAGACUAGUUUUGUCGAAUCUGGUCACAUUUUUCCCAUUAUGUCACCUAAUGAAUUUGAAAAAAAUAAACGAUUAAGUUAGGUUCUAGGGUGAUUUCCUGAAAGUCUGAAACAAUACGUUUUUGAGUACCUGAUUGUUACACAAAAAUACAAAAUGCAUUGUAAUUAAACAAUAUGAAAAACUUGUGAAAAAAACCCCAUAAUCUGAGAAGAUUGAUUACAAACUUCAAACAAAUACAGGAACUAUUUUGCAGAAUUUGUGUCUUUAAAUUUCCCAUAAUUUUAGCUGCAAUGGAGUUCAAGUACAAAUGUGGCACAUUCAAAUCAGCCAUGUACACUGUGACUACACAGCUACUCCAGUCUGGUGAAUGAGAUCAUAGGUAAUGUGUCAUAGACAGCAAUAAACACUAGGAAUCACAGGCCUUUCACUGUUAUUGAGAGGAAAAAAAGCCAAAGUAUGAAGAAUAUUAUACAUUAUAUAUAGUAAUCAUCAAGUACUAUUUAAGUGCUACCGUUCUCCAAGAUUUAACAUUAUCCAGUGUUACACACACCUAUUGCCACUACUCACUACACAACACAUACAAGUCUCUUCUACCUGAUUCUAUACAAUAAUUUACAGAUAACCAAACAACAAAAGACAAAUUAUGGUAUAUUUCAUCUGUUCUUAUGUACAAAAGACACUUCAGUCUUAAAAACCAAAAACAAAAAAUAGACACACAAGUUGGAUUAAAAAGAGUAAAGUAAAGCAAAAAUAAUUAUAAUCACCAUUCACACAAAAAACUAAAACCUGCAGCAAUUUUUCUGGAUUAAUAACAAUUACAAAAAAUGCUUCUGCUUUUGAUGGAAGAGCUACUUUUUGUGUCCCAGAUUUUCAGUCUCCUAUUUUUAUUCAGUGAGAUAUUCCUCCUACCAUUCAGCGUCACCAUUUUAAAGUUGCGUCAAAAUGCGCAGGACAGUGACUAUUAUAACUUUUUUUUUAGUACCCUUGGAAUCUUAGUCACUGAGAAUAUGCAUAUUCACACAAAGAAAAUUAGACUCCUUAGCUUUUCAAGUCUUAACAGAAUCCGAAAGCACAGUCCAAAUAUGUAUCAUGCCAUGUAAGCAAUAACUGCACAUUUUUCUAGAAGCUGAGGGUAUCGUGGUUAUAUUAUACUUUCAGUGCAGUACCUUGUAACUCCCUAACUUUUAUAUUUUAUUUAAUUUGAACCAGCAAUACCUCAAAUCAUGUCAAUGAAAUAAAAGAUAGUACAGCUUGUUUUCCAAGUAACCUAGUUGGUCUUGAGCAUAAACACUGACCACAGGUUAUCCAGCCUGUGGAAUGUUAUGGUUUUUUUUUUAACUGACGGCAGCAAAUAGUCCAGCUAUUUUUGCAUUUCAUUAAAGACAAUGUGAAAUACUACUCGGAUACUACUCAGCCCCC